AUGGAUAACGCAUCAAUCAACAGCCAAAUCCUGAGAAUCGAGGGCUUUGAAAUCUCCACAAAAUUUGUGUACCCUAUAUUUUUCUUGAUGCUGUUUGUCUAUCUCACCCUCAUGGUCUCCAACAUUGGAGUCCUUGUUCUCAUCGUCACAGAGAGAGGCUUGCACCAGCCGAUGUACCUGCUUUUCUGUAACCUGUCUGUGAACGAUCUGAUGGGGAACACUGUCCUGAUGCCGCGUCUGAUGUCCGACCUCAUCUCGCCCGAACGCUACAUCUCCUACAGCCAGUGCGUCCUCCAAGCAUUUUGCAGCCACACGUUUGGAUCCGCUUCGCACAUGAUACUCAUCAUAAUGGCCUUUGACAGGUACGUGGCCAUCUGCCACCCUUUAAGGUACCCCUCCAUAAUGACCACCAGGACCGUGGUGAAACUGUCAGCCACCGCCUGGGGUGCCUCGUUCCUUUUAGUGUCCAUCCUCCUGGGCCUCACCAUCCGGCUGUCCCGAUGCAGGUCCACCAUCUUAAAUGCCUACUGCGACAAUGCAUCCUUGUUCAAGCUGUCUUGCGAGAAUGUGACGAUCAAUAACAUCUACGGGCUGUUUUUCACGGUCGUGCUGUUCGCCUCCUCGAUGGGAAGCAUAGCCAUCACCUAUUUCAGGAUCGGCAUCGUCUGCUGGACGAGGAAGAGUAAGGAGCUCAACAGCAAGGCUCUGCAGACCUGUGCCAGCCACCUGGUGCUGUACCUCAUCAUGCUGUGGACCGGCUUCUUAACUAUCAUCUUGCACCGCUUUCCCAACAACCCCUUUUUGAGAAAACUCGCGUACAUUUUGUUUCACGUCGUUCCCGCCAACUUAAACCCCAUUAUCUACGGACUCCAGACUAAGACCCUCAGAGAGAAAAUCGUACAGAUUUUCAAGACGAAAGUGACCCAAUCUUAA